UUUCAGACUGCGUUAACUCUGACGCUACUAGCGGCCACAGUUUCGAGCGGCGUUGUCCCUGUUGCGCCUGCAGCGACCGUCGUAGUGGAUAACCAUCCGCGGUACGCCUUCGAUUACGCAGUCAACGACCACCUAACAAAAGACAACAAAGCGCAAUGGGAGGUGCGGGACGGCGACGCAGUCAAGGGCUCGUACUCGCUCGUGGAGCCCGACGGAAGCCUCCGAGUCGUCGACUAUAAAGCCAGUCCUCAGACCGGCUUCAACGCAGUCGUCAAACGACUAGGCCCUAACGUCCAUCCGUCCAAGGGAGCCCUUAUAACACCUAUUGCCAAAAUACCAAUAGCACAAGGAGUCAUAGCUUCGUUAGCUCCUAUUGCUCCGCUAGCGAAGAUACCCUUAACUCCUAUAAAACCCUUGCCUUUAAUCGCGCCUUUAAAUUACGGCUUCGGCCCAGCUCCUCUAGCAAUCGGCUUACCCAAACCCGCUACGCUUGGACAAUGGAGUCUCCCAUGGGACCCACUAACGCACUCUUUCGGAGGCUGGGUGCCACUCAACGGACCCCUGUGGCCCUUAUCCCUAGGUCCGGGACCAUACGCGACCAUACAUAGCAAGAAAAUCGUCAAUGGGAAACUUGUCAAAUGGACGACGGGUCCGAUCUCCUUAGCGGGAAGAAAGCUUGUAUUGAAGAAGAAACUUUAGGUCCUGUAGAAAACAAUAGAAACUACUAGAAUAUAAGAAACGGUAGUGUAGUGAUAUGUUGUAAAUAUUAUUAUACGCUACUGUACCUGAGGUCUGUGAGUUGAAAUGUUACUAGUCUAUUUUAUUAUUGUUACGGGAUGUAUUCGAAGCUAUAUAUGCGUGUUUUAAACGUGUAAAAUAAAGCAUUUUAUCGACGUAUCCGACUAAAUCAUUUCCCUUCCCAAGUUCCUUUUCUGUA